UAAAGUGAUCACCAACCCUGACUUUUUAGUUAGAUACUCAAAUUUCUUUACAAAUAUAUUAGAGCAGAAUAGUCUUUAAUAAAACAGCUCUAAUCUUGUGGCUAGUGGGGCUCUUCUUCGAGACUCUGUUGUUGCUGGGUGGAACAGGAGAAUUCUGCUGAGGAUGAUUCUGCAUUGUGAUGUGUUCCUGUGUCAGAUUUUGCUGACUCAUACAGGAGCAGGCAUGAUGCACAGACACAGAGCACAGUAACCGUUUUCCUCACCAACCUCGAAUCAUUCUGUAGUUCAUGCAGUAAAUGGCUGAAAAGGUAGGUUUGAUGACCGGAGAUGAAGAGGAGAUGCAAAAUAAUGAUGAAAAAUGUCCAUUUCAAGCUUGUUACACCUGCACCACAGCAGACUGCUGCUCUGCAAAUGAUUUGCUUAGCAGCCCUAAUGAAGAGAGGGGAAGAUUGUCUAUUUCAUCUAGCAAGGCCAUAGAGUGUAAAAAAACCCUCAUUGAACAACACUUUAUUACUCAUAAUAAGGCACAAAACAUAGCCCCUGGCUUCACUGAAUAUCAUUCAACAGAUGCAAAUAUAUCACUAGCUGGAUCAUCUUAUCCUGAGGCAAUCUGUACACUGAAGCCUGUAGCCAUAUCUUCUCCAUGCCCAGAAAGCCUUCACUGUGACUGCAAUAAGUAUUCUGAAGAGUUACAGCCUGCAGGUGCUGCUAAAGAGUCUGAGGCCCCCCAAAAUAUUGGUUCCCUGCUAGUAAGUGGACUCAGCUGCUGUCACAUAUGGAGUUCUAGUACUGCGCUCACUUGGAAUAACACAAAGGAAGAUAUGGCCCCUUAUAGCGUUGGCCAAACUACGUGGCUGAAGACCAUGAAAGUAAAGGAGAUCAUAGAAAAGAGAAAACUGGAAGAAAAGGAGAGGUAUCAACUCCAGGUAGCUAUGUAUCGGCGGCUUUUGCUGCUGCGGUCAAUUAGGAGUUUACAUAAGCAGCUCGAGCAGCAGCAGGCCAGGUUGCAGGAAUGCUAUGGAACACUAAUAAAUACAAAGAAAGAAGUGUUGAAACACAUUUGUUCCACUUCAGCCUCACCCUUCCCGUAGUCAUGUUGCUGCAUGUAGAGAAGAGCUUUGUUAUAUCACUGGAGCUUACAGCAAGCUAGCAUAUGGCUUACAUGACACCAUUAUUAAUAAAGGGGAAAUGUAGCACUGUACUAACUGGAAAUGAAACAUUUGGAUAUUUAAAUGUGGACUCCUACAAAUGUAUUUGGGAGAAACUUGAAUAGUACUUUUCUCUGUAAAAAUCCAGAAAAUCUACCCCUGCACAUGCAAGCCCCAAAACACAAGACCUCCAGCCAAAAAUUCAAGGGAUCUUUGGGACACAGGUAUUCAAGAAGAGAAAAUGGAGAAUCUAAGUUUAUGCCUGGCCAACAUGAUCAGAUGUCAUGUAUCCUUCCUGCAGAAAAUGUGAAAAUCUGCCAAUUAUAUUGCCAAAACUUGAAUAGAAAUCUUAUUAGUUUAGCCUCAGAAUAUCCACCUUCUUGAAAGCUAGGAUAUUUACAUAAAAAGUCAUCAUACUCUGGCAUUAUAUAUGCAGCCCAGACUGGCAGUGCUAGGGGAACAUUAGAAGUAUAUACAAUGACUGAUGUGUUGCUAGCUUCUGGUGUCAUGAGUAGCCACAGGUGCAGCAUAUUUUGUGCCUUAACUCUGUCAUUAAAAGGGAGGUCAAAAAAGAGCUAGAUAAAUUCAUGGAGUAUAGGUCCAUCAAUGACUAUU